CCCACGCCUCGCGUCCCGGACAUUGAUCCAUCGCCCGCCAUGUCUCCGCCCGUCGACGUCCUCCUCAUCGGCCUCGGCGCUAUCGGCACCGUCUACUCGUACCUCCUCGAGCGCAGCGGGCGCGCGCGCGUCACCGCCGUCGCGCGCUCAAACUACGACCUGUACACGUCGUCGGGCGUGCGUCUCGAGACAGGCCGCUUCGGCAUCGUCCCCGGAUACCGCCCGUCGCGGGUCUGCAAGUCGCAGGCGGAAGCCUUGGACCGCGAGUACGCGCUCUGCGUUGUGUGCACCAAGAGCCUGCCGGACGUGCUCCCGACCACGGACCUGCUGGCGGACGCGCUGCGCAGCGGCAAGGUCGGCGCGUACGUGCUCAUUCAGAACGGGUUGGAUGUCGAGGUCGAGCUCGCGCGCGCGACGCGCACGCCCGUCGUGUCGUGCGUCGCGUGGAUCAGCGUCAUGGCAUCCUCCGACGGCGCCGUCGUCAAGUGGGCCGGGGUGGAGAAGCUUGGUGCGGGGGUAUAUCGCGAGGACGGGGAGAGGCCGGAUGCGGGCGAGCAGAAAGCACUAGAGCUUUGGCUUGAGCUCGUCAAGGCUGGAGGGGGUAAUACGGUCGUGGCGGAGGAUAUCCGCAGCACGCGGUACGCCAAGAAUGUCUGGACGUGCACUCAGGCCGGCGUGCAGAGCCUCGUGCGCACCUACCAGACAUGUUUCCGGCCAUUGGGGGAUGAACACCACGUGCAGAUCAAGAAGUUUUACCGCGAGGUUGUUGAGCUUGGGUUCAAGACCGGGCUGCUGUACGAGGGCAUGGUCGUGCAGCCGUCCGGGCAGGCGGUGGGGAGCAUCGACGACAUCGUGAAGAUGGACUUUGACCGGGUAAGAUCAGCUUUCGUCGUCAACGGCUCCGCGCACAAGUGGUCGAUGCUACUCGACGUGGAGAAUGGGCGGCCAUUCGAAGUCGAGGUCGUCGUGGGCGCCGUCGUGCGUCUCGCGCACAAGCACGGCUUUGACGCACCCCGCACAGAGUUCAUGUACACCCUUCUGAAGGGGCUGCAGCAGUCGAUCCUCGAGGCGCGCGAGCGCGCUCUCACGUAG